AUGUUCCUGACGGUGCGCGUGUCGUUCGCGGGGUGCCGCGCGGAGGCGCGCUACGCGGUGCUGCUGGACGUGGUGCCGGUGGACGGCAAGCGCUACCGCUACGCCUACCACCGCUACUCGUGGCUCGUGGCCGGCAAGGCCGACCGGCCCGCGCCCGCGCGCCUCUACCCGCACCCCGACUCGCCCUUCGCACUUCGGCACUAA